UUUGGUCACCAUGUAUUUGAUAAUUUGAAACAUUCGCGAAAAAUAUACUUAAGCCACAAGGUUCACACCUGUUUACACUCACUCACAUGUUUUUGCCUACAUAAGGCCGUGUUAGACCUCUUGCGCUGCCAUCAACCUAUCAAUGCGAAAAAAUGAUUCUGAUUCUGCUAUCGUGUCUAUCAUUAAUAUCAAAUUCGGCUGCAAGUGCGAACACACCGGAAGAUUUCAACCAGCUGAUUGUCAAAUAUGGCCGAGAAAGUGAAGACUUUGACGUUGUUACAGAUGACGGAUACAUCCUUAAACUGUUCCGCAUCACGGGCAAUGAGUCCAAGCAGCCUGUCCUGCUGGUGCACGGAGUCCUUGACUCAGCCGAUACUUUUGUAAUCAGAGGCAAUGAUUCCGUAGCUCUGAACCUGGCCGAGGCAGGCUACGACGUGUGGAUAGCCAAUUGCAGAGGUAACAAGUACUCUCGGAGACACGUUAAACUGUCACCCGACCUUGAUAAGGCUUUCUGGGAUUACAGUCUGCAUGAAAUGGGAAUAUACGAUCUACCCGCUACUAUCGACUUCAUUUUAGAGAAAACUGGUAAAGCUAAAUUAUCCGCAAUCGGACAUUCAGAAGGUAAUACCAUUUUCUACGUUCUGGGAUCGUUGAUGCCGGAGUACAAUGAAAAGGUGUCAGUUAUGAUAGCUCUAGGGCCUAUUGCAUAUUUCCAUCAUGCUAAGCCAUUUGCAUCUGAUCUAAUUGCGGUGUGGCCGGUAGUAAAUGGAUUUUACAAAAUCACAUUUACUGAGGAGGUCCUGCCUGAUCGGUCGGCUUCGGCUGAGUUAGCGCGAUUUGUCUGCAACCGGGGCCUGCUGGGCUACGAGGCGUGCGUCAUAGGCAUCGGUGCGGUGGUCGGGUGUGACAAAGACGAGAUUGAACCUGAUUUUCUGAAACGCGCCGUGGAAUAUUUCCCAGCCGGUACAUCACGCAAAAACCUCAACCAUUUAGUCCAAAUUACCAGAAGUAGCGGCUUUGCGCAGUAUGAUUAUGGCUUAAUUAAAAACAGAAUACUGUAUAAAUCAAUUUCACCCCCUGAAUAUGAUUUGGCGAAUGUGACAAUGCCCGUUGCUCUCCUGGUGGGGCAGAACGAUAACUUCGCCGUGGAGGAGGAUGCAGAGCGACUGAGGGACGUGCUUCCCAACGUAGCGGACUACCAUGUGAUGGAGCGAAAGACGUUCAGCCACAUAGACUUCGUGUGGGGAAAACAUAUACCAGAAUACUUGAUGCCCAUUUUGGAUGAUUUACUGAGCAAGUUCUCCUGAUGAUGGAUUGGAAAUAAAAUCUUAAAU